CGCUGAUGUGACAGGAAGUGACGCAUUGGUCCGGCUCCUGUCUCCGCCACUGUUGUUCUCAAAAUGGCGCCGUUGGACUUGGAUAAGUAUGUGGAAAUCGCAAGGCAGUGCAAAUAUCUACCAGAAAAUGACCUAAAGCGAUUGUGUGACUAUGUAUGUGACCUGCUACUAGAGGAGUCCAAUGUGCAGCCCGUGUCCACCCCAGUCACAGUGUGUGGAGACAUCCAUGGCCAGUUUUAUGACCUGUGUGAACUCUUCAGAACCGGAGGACAGGUUCCAGAUACAAAUUACAUUUUUAUGGGAGACUUUGUCGACCGGGGAUACUACAGCUUGGAGACCUUCACAUACCUGCUGGCCUUAAAGGCCAAGUGGCCAGAUCGCAUCACGCUGCUGCGCGGGAACCACGAGAGCCGGCAAAUCACGCAGGUUUACGGCUUCUAUGAUGAGUGCCAGACAAAAUACGGCAAUGCGAAUGCUUGGCGAUACUGCACAAAGGUGUUUGACAUGCUGACUGUAGCGGCGCUGAUCGACGAGCAGAUCCUGUGCGUCCACGGCGGACUCUCUCCCGACAUCAAGACACUGGACCAGAUCCGGACGAUUGAACGCAACCAGGAGAUCCCGCACAAGGGGGCAUUCUGUGACCUGGUGUGGUCGGAUCCGGAGGAUGUAGACACCUGGGCCAUCAGCCCAAGGGGUGCCGGGUGGCUGUUUGGUGCCAAGGUCACCAACGAGUUCGUCCACAUCAACAACCUGAAGCUCAUCUGCCGCGCCCACCAGCUCGUCCACGAGGGCUACAAGUUCAUGUUCGACGAGAAGCUGGUGACAGUGUGGUCAGCGCCCAACUACUGCUACCGCUGCGGGAACAUCGCCUCCAUCAUGGUGUUCAAGGACGCCAGCACGCGGGAGCCUAAGCUGUUCCGCGCCGUGCCGGACUCGGAGCGCGUCAUCCCACCACGGACGACGACGCCAUACUUCCUGUAAACACAGGGCCAGUUACUCCUGCUUCUGCCCUGUUCCCCCAUUCACUUCUAUGUGUACCUCAGCUUCCUUCUAGGAUUUCCCCUCUUCAAUUUUUAAUUAUUGUAUUACAUCUUUUUUAAAUACUUAGACUUGCAUUCUCAAUCCUUCCUUUGAAGGCCUGGUUUGUUACAAAGACCUUAUAUUUAUUUUGAGUUUUAUUUUUUCUUUUACCACUUGCCACCUGAAACGCUGGCAAACCAAAAAUGAUCAGUCAGUCACAUGACCAUACAGCUCUAGAUAUGCCCACUGCCCAUUCUCAUGUAGUGUCCUCUGUCAGGUCUUUUUCCUGUCUCUGUAUGUGUUCCUUGUUGCACUCAGUGUCUCUCGUGAUGGCCCACUUCAGAGUCUUUCUUACUUUGGGCUGCUGUGUCUGGGGGUGGCAGUAUGCAAAGGAGAUGAACUGUGAGCAAAGUAAUACAACUUAAAUGAUCCAAGUUGCCUUCUGCAGUCAAAACGACCGGUCCCAAAUUCUGCUCUGCAUAGUAGAAGUGACCCUAAACUGAAAAGGGUUGCACUUGAAUUUAUGUAUAUUAUAGAUUUAAAACAUGCAAUAUUUUUUUUUCUUUUUUGUGAAGUGUAUAGAGGUUGGAAGUGGUGAGGAAAGGAUUUUUUGUGUAAAAAAAAAACAAACAAAAAAUGGUAUUUCACCCACUUUUACAACAGGGCCAGAAUUACAGUCCACAGUGUCCGCUUGCUGUUAAAUUAGGAUGGAUGGAUAGAGUGUCCAGCAAGAGGAGCUUGGUGGGAUGUGAUUCAUCUGUACAUUCUAAUAAUCGUUUUGAUUUUCUCCUUGUUUUCCUUGGAUUUGUUUUAUUGUUUAAACUGCAACCCCCAGGUAAUGAAAUAUUGAAAAUAAAACGCCUUUAUUAUGAA